UCCAAGUCCAACAGAUUCAAACCCUUUUCACGUAACUCCCCAGUCCCCACUCCACUCCCCAUUUCCCACUUCACAAUCUCUCACUUUCAGUUACUCUCCUGCGCCCUAGCACAGCCUCAAUGGAAGAUUCCGUUCCGGCGGAGCCCACUCCUCAGUCGGCCUCCAACGGAGCUCAGUUGACGCCCGAAGAAUUGGUGGCCAAGGCCAUAGCCCCUGUUAAGCCACACUAUCUCCGCCCUCCGCCGGUGAGGUCCUCCUCCUGUAACAACGCGAAGGACGCCGCUCCUUCUACUGCCAAGAAUGAUGAUGCUGAUAAGGCUCCUCCCUCGAGCUUGGUCAAGGAGAAGAAGUCGAAACGUCAAUUGAAACGAGAGCGCCGCCAGGAACAAAAGUCCACCCGACACUUGUGUCCUGAAAUAGCGAAGACAGGAGAUGUUAGUUCAUGUCGUUAUAGUGAUAAAUGCCGCUUCAGCCAUGAUAUUGAAGCCUUCAAAUCUCAGAAACCGGCUGAUCUCAAUGGAGAGUGUCCCUUCAGUAGUGCUGAACAACUUUGCCCCUAUGGUUUAGCUUGUAGAUUUGCGGGGACGCAUAAGGAAGGUGUUCCUGCUGGUUCAUCAAUUAACUUGAAGAAAAGCUCUGAAAUGAAUGGACUGAAUAAAGAUGUUCAAAAGCUCUUAUGGAAAAAUAAGAUGAAAUUUCCCAAAGCUGAUUCCAAACUCAAAGAACUUGGGCUCUCGGGGCAUGGGAAGUCAAAAUUGAGGGUCAAAGAAGACAAGGAGGAUGUUGUAUCAAAUGAUUCUGUUGUUCCAGACAGAACUUGCUGUAGCAAAGUGAACGAUGACUCGGACGAUGACUUAGAGAUCGUUGUGGAAGUUUCAGAAGAGAAUGGGCUAAAAGAAGGAACAUUUUCAUCUGAUGAAUCUCGACCCCUGAAGAAGCCCAAAUCUAUGACUUCAGAGAAUUUUCGUUCUGAUCAAAUUGACAAUGGAGGUGCAUGUAUGGCAGAGAAAGCUUUUGGUGAGAGCGAUACACAAAUUGAGUCUGAAGUUAUGAAUGACAGUGUCAUUCUUGAUACUGAUGCAAGUCUAAAACCACACCCCCGUGAAAAAAAGCUUAUUGAUUUUAGAGAUAAGCUGUAUCUUGCCCCUCUGACCACUGUUGGGAAUCUGCCCUUCAGAAGAGUUUGCAAAGUUUUAGGAGCAGACGUGACAUGUGGGGAAAUGGCAAUGUGUACAAAUCUUUUGCAGGGUCAAGCUUCAGAAUGGGCAUUGUUGAGACGACACUCCUCAGAAGAUCUAUUUGGUGUACAGAUAUGCGGUGCAUAUCCAGACACAGUUUCACGUGCUGUGGAACUUAUAGACAAAGAAUGUGUGCUUGACUUCAUUGACAUAAACAUGGGAUGCCCAAUUGACAUUGUUGUCAAUAAGGGUGCUGGAUCAGCUCUGCUUACAAAGCCAAUGCGAAUGAAAAGUGUGGUCGAAGUAGCUUCAGGAAUUGUGGAUACGCCCAUAACAAUUAAGGUUCGGACUGGCUACUUUGAAGGGAAAAAUCGUAUUGAUUCACUUAUUGCAGACAUCGGUAACUGGGGAGCCAGUGCAGUAACCAUUCAUGGCCGUACUCGUCAGCAACGAUACAGCAAGCUUGCUGACUGGGAAUACAUUCAUCGGUGUUCCACACUAGCUCCUGAUUCUCUGCAGGUAAUAGGAAACGGGGACGUUUUUUCAUAUUUAGACUGGCAUAGACACAAGGAUGAGUGCCCAAAGUUAGCUACAUGCAUGAUUGCGAGAGGAGCACUAAUUAAGCCUUGGUUAUUUACUGAAAUUAAGGAACAGAGGAACUGGGACAUUACUUCAGGGGAGCGGUUGAACAUCUUGAAGGAUUUCGUACAUUUUGGACUCGAGCACUGGGGUUCCGACACAAAAGGCGUUGAGACGACGAGACAUUUCUUAUUGGAAUGGCUCAGCUACACAUGUAGAUACAUACCAGUUGGUCUUUUGGACGUUGUUCCCCAACGUCUGAACUGGCGCCCGCCAUCGUAUUUUGGCCGUGAUGACCUCGAGACGCUCAUGGCCUCUGACUCUGCAGCUGAUUGGAUUAAGAUAUCAGAGAUGUUGCUUGGUAAAGUUCCCGAUGGCUUCUCGUUUGCACCGAAGCACAAGUCCAACGCCUACGACCGGGCCGAGAAUGGCUGAUUCUUCACUGUAAGGGCGAUUCUGAUCACUGCUAUUCAAAUUCAGUCUCCUGGUUUACAUUUAACUGAGACCUCUCAAAAGUGCCAUUGGUAAUGGUUUGGUGUUUAAAUCAUUGGUUUAAGAGGGAGCUCAUUUAGUUAUUUCACAAUUUCUUUAUAUAUUUUAUGUUACCAUGGCAAUUACAUUACUUGAUAAAUCUGGUGACCUGCCCUUUCAGCAGAGCUGUUAAAUUAUUGUUAUUAUUAUUAUUAUUAUACAAUUUUGUCUACUUGAAAA